GUCAACGCGCAUUGGCCGUUUCCCCGCUCUAUUUCUCUCUCUCUUUCUCCCCUCUCUGUCUCUGCGCGCGCGCGCUGUUCUCAUCGACUUUUACUCUUCUCGCACGACUUAUUGAUCGAUAUUUAUUGGAUGACCCAUUUCUCGCUAACGUGUACUCUAGUGAAGCCGUCCUCUCCCUUCUCCUCCGCCAAUAAUGUCGAUCGGUGAUAAAGCCGAGCGGAAUGCGAUGAUGACAUUCAUGCCAAUACUGUCCCCCAAACCCCGCUCACCUCUCAGCGUUGCUUUGUGGCCAGUAAUCUGGGAUCGUCCUCUUCGUCUCAAUCUAUAUCUCUCUUUCAUCCUACUUGGAUCGUUGUCCCAUCUCGACUGACGAUGGCCCAAGCGACUGCUGGUACCCAUCGCCACGGACAUUACUGGGACAAGGUCGGAAAUUUGAGACCUUGCUGACUAACACACACUGUGGCAGACUCGUGAGUCCACCAUGGCUCCUACAUCAUCCUUCAUCUUCGUGUUGGUUAGAAAAAGAUUCUGGUUGAUCCAGAUCAGCGAUAGCGAUCUCUUUGUAUCACCCCACUACUUCCGCGAUCAUACAGAGCCUACCAGACUACGCCGUGUGUUCGGGUGUACGGGUCAAGAUACAGCUCACCAUGAGCUGUUAUGGGGUCGGUUCACACAGUUGGCGCCAUAUGGCAAGAAAAUCUGGUUAUAUUGUGGCUUCUUCGAACAAGAGCUGGCUGAGGAUAUGAUGAGUGCCACGGGCGAAAGCACGUGUAGUCACCGACAAGCGGAUAUUAAGAGAGGCAUGGGAUAGACUAAUGGAACGAGGGACGCAAGGCAUGUCGGAGCCUCCGUAUGGUCAACAUUUGCAGUGUACCUGGACAAGCCGACCAGAUUAUACAUAGCUUAGUUAGGAGAACUCAGGUCCUUGCAGGGAAGGAAUAAAGGAUGCGACACUGCAGGACAGGCUAGACACAUUUGGGAGGAAAACUAUUCCGCAUCGUAUGAGGAGGGCUGAACAUGCGCGGUAUCCCCCCGAAAAGAGAUUGCCCGCGCACCGCGUCGUGUAUGAACCACGAUCGGAGGAGGAGAGACAGUGACUCGAUUCCGGAGUAGAUAGUUGAGGCUUUGGGGCGCACUCUGGCCUAAACGGGACUAGCGG